GUACUGAAAGCUCUGUUAGUCGCUGGACUGUAUCCCAAUAUCGUGCGCAUCGCACAUCCCAAAGAUACCUACCACCAAGUGGGUGGAGGCACCAUUCUGAAAGAAAAUAAUGCCAAGGAUUUGCGGUUCUUCGACCAUAUCAACGGGAGAGUGUUUAUCCACCCGUCGAGUGUUAACUUCUCCAUUGCAAG